CGGCCGGGCCAGGUCUUAUACGGCGCGUUCCGAGCGCAGCGCGCGGCACGGGCAGCGCCGGGGCACCGCAGCAGCGCGCCGGAGGACUCGCGUCGGCUCGCCGGGACCCCCCCGCACCCCCCCCGCGCGGCUCGGCGCCCUGGCCCGGGGCAGCGUCCCUUGGAGAGAGCGCGCGGGCGCAGCACCAUGGAGUCGGGGAGCAAGAUGACAGCUCGCUUGAUGCUGGCGGUGGGAGGAGCAGUGCUGGGCUCCCUGCAGUUUGGCUAUAACACUGGAGUCAUCAACGCCCCUCAGAAGGUGAUUGAAGAGUUCUACAACCAGACGUGGCUAACUCGCUAUGAGGAACCGAUCACCACUGGCACCCUUACCACCCUGUGGUCCCUCUCUGUUGCCAUAUUCUCUGUUGGGGGAAUGAUUGGAUCUUUCUCCGUUGGGCUGUUCGUCAAUCGCUUUGGCCGACGUAACUCCAUGCUGAUGUCAAACAGUCUCGCCUUCCUGGCGGCCAUCCUGAUGGGGUUCUCCAAGGUGGCUUAUUCCUUCGAGAUGCUGAUCCUGGGCCGCUUCGUCGUCGGGUUGUAUUCUGGCCUCACCACUGGCUUCGUGCCCAUGUAUGUGGGUGAGGUGUCUCCGACAGCACUGAGAGGGGCUCUUGGAACAUUCCACCAGCUUGGCAUAGUCGUGGGCAUCCUCAUCGCACAGGUGUUUGGGAUGGACUUAAUCAUGGGGAACGAGUCGCUCUGGCCCCUCCUGCUGGGCUUCACCUUUGUCCCUUCCUUGCUGCAAUGUAUCAUCCUGCCCUUCGCCCCCGAGAGCCCCCGGUUCCUCCUUAUCAAUCGCAAUGAGGAGAACAAAGCCAAGAGUGUCCUGAAGAAGCUCAGAGGGACAACAGACGUCAGCAGCGACCUGCAGGAGAUGAAGGAAGAGAGCCGGCAGAUGAUGAGGGAGAAGAAGGUCACAAUACUGGAGCUCUUCCGCUCCCCUUUGUAUCAACAGCCGAUCCUCAUUGCCAUUGUCUUGCAGCUGUCUCAGCAGCUCUCGGGGAUCAAUGCGGUCUUCUACUAUUCUACCAGCAUCUUUGAAAAGUCAGGUGUGGAGCAGCCAGUCUAUGCCACCAUCGGCUCCGGGGUGGUGAACACUGCUUUCACGGUUGUCUCGCUCUUUGUGGUGGAGCGAGCCGGGCGCAGGACGCUGCACCUCAUCGGCCUGGCUGGGAUGGCAGGCUGUGCAGUACUCAUGACCAUUGCCCUGGUGCUGCUGGACCAAAUGGCCUGGAUGUCCUACAUCAGCAUCAUUGCCAUCUUUGGGUUUGUGGCUUUCUUUGAGAUUGGCCCAGGCCCCAUCCCUUGGUUUAUCGUGGCAGAAUUGUUCAGCCAAGGCCCUCGCCCUGCUGCUUUCGCCGUUGCCGGCUUGUCCAAUUGGACCUCCAACUUCAUCGUGGGCAUGGGCUUCCAGUAUGUGGAGCAACUCUGCGGCCCGUACGUCUUCAUCAUCUUCACGGUGCUGCUGAUCCUCUUCUUCAUCUUCACCUACUUCAAGGUGCCCGAGACAAGGGGCCGGACCUUUGACGAGAUUGCCUCCGGGUUCCGCCAGGGCGGCGCCAGCCAGAGUGACAAGACGCCUGACGAGUUCCACAGCUUGGGAGCAGACUCUCAGGUCUAACAAGCCAGCCGCUCGUCCUUCUGCUCCACCACGGAACUUCGCUCCCAGGGGGUUUAACGCAGGUGCAGAAACCAGGCAGGAGGGAUGAGCGGGGAGAGGGGGUGGCGGGCGCAUUUGUUCCAUCUCUAGAGUCCCCCAGCAAUAUACGGACACACAUUUGCUAGGAACAAUUUUAGCUGAUUUCAUGUCCAGGAUUUCAAAUAUGAUAGAUUCAGAAACAACAACUAAUGUUUUAAACCAACCAACCACCUCCAGCUUUGUGAGCCGGAGGCGGCUCCCUUAUUAAUGAAGCGACAGAUUUUUUUAAUUAGAAGUUUUUAAAGGUCAAUACUUUUAAAGGUUUUAAUCACUGAAGAAAGCCUGUUUUAAUGUCUCAAACAGUCUCAAAUUUCAAACCCCCAGUGGGCUGGGGGAGCAGGAUUCUACCCACCAGGGACCAUGGGGGGAGGGGCCAAGGACUGUAAUGUUAAUGGAUUCAUUCUGAUCCUCUACAAGUCUGAGCAGUAGCUACAACUGAACGGUGCCCCAGGAGGAACUCUGAAAGGGCUGUAGCACUGUAGUGAUACAUGGACAGUCCUAGGGGGACCUGCCUUCUGGGGUCCUCACCACAUCUCCCAGGAUUUAGAAUCUCCAGUGGCAGCUUCUCAGUCCUUCUGAACCUGUCCCCAGCUGAAUAUACUUUCCUCACCUGAAUGAAUCAUUUCCUCUGAGUCAGAUGGGUAUAGUUUGGGUGGGGUGAGAUUUUUGUUGGUGGGGGGGAGGGGGAAGGGAAUUAAAAACUUUUUUUUUUUAGUCAGGCAAUAUUUGCCUUAUAGGUCAAUUGCCGUGAAUAUGGACAGGGAAGCCUCACUACUGAAAAACCAGCAACCUGCCCCCUUGGCUCAUUGAUAAAAACAAACCAACACACCAGAAUUGAAAUCCAGUCUUGCUUUGCUCCCACCACAAGCAACCCUCGCAUUGAAGGUAUAUUUAAGAAGCAGUAGUGGUAUGUUUACAGGCCGCAAAAGCCAGUUUGGGGCAAAAUAAACUGGCUGCCACAAUACAAACACUAGCCCAGUCACUACCUUGUAAGUCCGAGACUCUCAGAAAUUAAUCACAGGUUUCAAAGUAGCAGCAGUGUUCGUCUGUAUUCUCAAAAAGAAAAGGAGGACUUGUGGCACCCUAGAGACUAACCAAUUUGAGCAUAAGCUCAGGAAAGCUUAUGCUCAAAUAAAUUUGUUAGUCUCUAAGGUGCCACAAGUCCUCCUUUUCUUUUUGAGAAAUUAAUCAGUUGAAUGGAGACAUACAUUUCCUGCUUUGUGUAUAGACUGGAAGAUAUAUAUUUGUUCAAUGGUGUUAAUAGUAGACAUUAAGUUAUAGUGUUUCUGAUUGAUUGACAAGCAAAGUACUGUAAAUAUUCUUGAACUAUAUUCACAUUGUACAAUGUAAACAAAGUAUAGAUACAAAGGUAUAGUUUCUAUAGCAACUGUAAUGAAAUGCUUGUUCAAUAGAAUGAAUGACUUUUGUAUAGUUAACUUACCUGCACUGUAGUUGCAUCUGUUGCACUGAAUUUUAGUCUUAGCAUAUUACAAACAAACACCCUGUCCUUUUAGAGGCUCAUGGCACAUUUCCAAAGCCACCUGCAGCUAUUUAAUAAUAUUUUUUUAUUUAUUUGUCUGUUUUUAAAGUGGCUACAUGACCACACUUGAAAGAAAAUAAACUUAGAAAAAAAUCAUCUCUCUGUGUACAGCGCAAAGUCCGAAAGACUAACUGUUUUUUAAAAAAAUAAAUAAAAAUAAGUGCCAAGAGAAGGAAGAGAAACUUGUGUGGUGUGGAAAGAAUUAAAAAAAAAAAAUAGUACGUAGGACAAGA